AUGGCUACCGUACUAUCCGUCUCAGACAUGACGAAGUUGCAGACGGUCAAGUACGCCAAUUUGGGCAGUCUUGCAAUCCUCGUAUUUGAUUAUUGCAUCACUUUUUCCGAAGAGGUGCGGUGGACCUGGUUCAAACCAUGGGAUGUAACUCGUGUCAUAUUCUUCAUUUCUCGAUAUUUGCCCUUCGCGGGUGUUGGAAUGACUGCAUAUGGCGAACGCACUCAGCUUCAGCAAUCUGUGUGCAUUUACUUUGGAAGGAAAUGGUAUUAUCGCUGCGGAAGCCCUGCUGAUUAUUCGAACCUGGGCAUUCUGGCAAAGGAGCACAAGAUUGCUGAUCGGUUUGUUGAUUUAUGGUGUGUUGCCGCCGCCAUUGCCGUAGAUCUCAUCCCUACGAUGUUGAUUCCAGGAGGGGAGCCUCCCACAGGAACCUGUUACUUUGAGAGCACACGCAACAGUGCAGUCGUAUACACGUUCUUGGCGAUGUUUGAAAGUGUGAUGCUGAUCCUUACUGUAUAUAAGAGAGUUCACGACUAUAACGACUUCCAGAGCGGAAUUCUGGCUCUCCAGAUAUCAUUGAGUAACGCAUUCAAGGAAGCCAUCACACUCGCCAAUGUUAUUAUAGGAGCUGCACUUCCAAGCGCCUAUAGCAAUUUAUUCGAUACGCUACAGCUGGUCAGUCACAGCGUUCUGGCAUCACGAAUUCUAUUCCACCUUCGAGAUAGCAACGAACGUGCCAUUGUUCGCGAAUCGUCCACGGUGCGAACGAUCUUGGACACUGUGAACUAUUUACAACCUUUGUCGAUGUUGAUGAGUGGGACGGGUACUACCAGUGAAGUUUGAGGGAAUGCAGGUGUAUGCAGAACCGUCGUCGGCCUCUAAGAUUCUGCUCUUGUCUAGUGUACAACUCAAUUGUGGUAUAUUGAUAUUAUAGGCAAUUGAUGCUGUGAGACCUGGGGCAUAUGCAUCUGAACAAACCAGCGCAUCAGCUCGUGCCCCCUUUU